AUGAACAGAUAUCCGGAAAUAUACAACCCGGAACAUAAACCCAGUAACAGAUACCCACUAUUAAUCACCCACGUAAUACGAAAAAAAGCUUUGGGAACUAAACAGCUUGGAACAAACACCAGACAACAACCCACGGGGAACAACCCACGGGGAACAACCCACAGGGAACAAACACCAGACAUCAACCCACGGGGAACAACCCACGGGGAACAACCCACAGGGAACAAACACCAGACAUCAACCCACGGGGAACAACCCACGGGGAACAACCCACGGGGAACAACCCACAAAGAACAAACACCAGACAUCAACCCACGGGGAACAACCCACGGGGGAACAAACACCAGACAACAACCCACGGGGAACAACCCACGGGGGAACAAACACCAGACAACAACCCACGGGGAACAACCCACGGGGGAACAAACACCAGACAACAACCCACGGGGAACAACCCACGGGGAACAACCCACAAGGAACAAACACCAGACAUCAACCCACGGGGAACAACCCACGGGGAACAAACACCAGACAUCAACCCACGGGGAACAACCCACGGGGAACAACCCACGGGGGAACAAACAACAGACAACAACCCACGGGGAACAACCCACGGGGAACAACCCACGGGGGAACAAACACCAGACAACAACCCACGGGGAACAACCCACGGGGGAACAAACAACAGACAACAACCCACGGGGAACAACCCACGGGGAACAAACACCAGACAUAAACCCACGGGGAACAACCCACGGGGAACAACCCACGGGGGAACAAACAACAGACAACAACCCACGGGGAACAACCCACAAGGAACAAACACCAGACAACCCAAAGGAACAAACACCAGACAACAACCCACGGGGAACAACCCACAAGGAACAAACACCAGACAACCCAAAGGAACAAACACCAGACAACAACCCACGGGGAACAACCCACAAGGAACAAACACCAGACAACCCAAAGGAACAAACACCAGACAACAACCCACGGGGAACAACCCACAAGGAACAAACACCAGACAACCCAAAGGAACAAACACCAGACAACAACCCACGGGGAACAACCCACAAGGAACAAACACCAGACAACCCAAAGGAACAAACACCAGACAACAACCCACGGGGAACAAACACCAGACAACAACCCACGGGGAACAAACACCAGACAACAACCCACGGGGGAACAAACACCAGACAACAACCCACGGGGAACAAACACCAGACAACAACCCACGGGGAACAAACACCAGACAACAACCCACGGGGAACAAACACCAGACAACAACCCACGGGGAACAAACACCAGACCCACGGGGAACAAACACCAGACAACAACCCACGGGGAACAAACACCAGACCCACGGGGAACAAACACCAGACCCACGGGGAACAAACACCAGACCCACGGGGAACAAACACCAGACAACAACCCACGGGGAACAAACACCAGACAACAACCCACGGGGAACAAACACCAGUUCUCAUGGACCUAUGCGAAAGGGAAGCUACUCUUGUGAAAGAGAAGCUGACCUUGUUAAAGGUUAGCUACUGUUGUGAAUCAUAUGAAGGGAAGCUACUCUUGAGAAAGGGAAGCUACUCAUCUAAAGUGACGCUACUCUUGUGA